CGCGCUCCGCCACUGCGCGUCCCCGCCCGGUGCCGCGCCGGAGCGGCCGCCCGAAGCGGAGCCGAUGUGGGCGCAGGAGCCGGAGCCGGAGCCGCGGUGGCCGAGCCGAGCAGCGUCGGGUGGAGGGAGCCCAGUGCAUGGGUUCAGAACAAAGAGUAAUGGGAAAGAGAGCAGAACCGAGAAGCCAGGGAGACUGCACGGACGCACCACCAUCACCCAACCAGAGACCCAACACUUGCUGCUUCUGCUGGUGUUGUUGCUGCAGCUGCUCCUGCCUCUCCGCCCGAAAAGAUGAGAGAGAGGAGGUGACAGGAAAGCCCACAGAAGAGACCAGGAUGGAGAUCACGACUGAGACCAUUGAAUCUGCGGAGGAGAGUGGUACCAUGCCAUCACUGGAGGAGAUCACGUCGUGGACCCAGGGCUUCGACAAGGUGAUGGGGACAGAGGCUGGUAGGAACAUCUUCCGCCAGUUCCUGCGGACAGAGUACAGCGAAGAGAACAUGCUCUUCUGGCUAGCCUGUGAAGAGUUCAAAAAGGAAAAGAACGCAAAGGCAGUCGAAGAGCGGGCGAGGGUGAUAUACGAAGACUACAUCUCCAUUCUCUCCCCGAAAGAGGUGAGUCUUGACUCUCGGGUGCGAGAGAUCGUCAACAGGAACCUGCGGAAUCCAGGUCCUUUCAUGUUCGAGGACGCUCAACUCCAGAUCUACAGCCUCAUGCACAGGGACUCCUUCCCCAGGUUCUUGAACUCUGACUUCUACAAAUCCCUCGUGCAAAAACCACAGCCUUCCCCUGACACUACUCCCACCAUCGAGAGCUAAUCCCAGGACCCCCGAAAGAGCAAAGAAUGGAGGUUAAAGACAGGUUUGCACUCAAACACAUGUACAACACUAUCAUAGUACACCCUUACACACUUCUACAUCUGCACACAGUUACCAGCAAGUGUACCAGUUAACAUAUGCCUCUGUAAUAGUUAGACACACGCAGACACAAAACAUUACAGGAUUAACAAACCACACUGGCGUAGAUAAAGGCAAUGCAUUCACCUGAGCACACACAAAUGAUUUCUCCUGAACAUGUGCAAUUAGACCCAGAUACAUUCCUCUCUUUUUUCAUAUACACUUACAAACACACACUUGCUCUCAGUCUUGUGCAUACAUACUCAAGCACACACUCUCAUGAACAUAUACUUUCAUAUGCACACACCCAUGCAUACUCUCUCUCCCCUCUCUCUCCGUCACACGCAGGGCAGAAAGACAGACACACACACACAUGGAAAUACUAAUCAUUAACGAACGAGACGCGGUGAAAAGCCCAGGCACUGGGUUCCUGGAGACCCACAGUUUAGCUUUACUCAGGGUGUAGUGAUACGUUGAAUAUUGAGCUAUUUAAAAAAAAAAAGAAAAUAGAUAUAUAUUUAUUGGUUGAAAUAAAUCUUUUGCUCACUGCCUCAAACAGAAAUACAAAAAAAACUUAAGAAUGAUUUUUUUUAAAUAAAGCAGAAGCCAGGAUUAUUGUUCCCCAAAGAAACAUCGCGGUGAGCUGAACGUUGCUGGAGGUCACCUGGCCACCACCUUGAGAAACACUUAUCCCAGUUACCGGGCAGAUCGUGUCGGACCAGCAAAGCUCACACCGCCACCUAUUUCCCUGGGGAAGAUAGACCUCACACAGUGUGGUGCUCCUAGCAUGGAUUUUAAGUUAUCGGGGCAGGCUUGCUCACUAACUUUGUCUCUGCACCAGUUAUUGGUUUCCCUUGAACCGCCCAAAACGCACUAUGAAAAUGCUUUUUUUUGUGGUGAAGCAUUUUGGGACGUCUUGAGGUCAAGGAAAUGCAGUUUUUUUUUUACUUUUGUCUGUAGGAUUUAAUGAACUUUACUAAGCACAACAAAAAAAGUUUAACGUGUAGAUGUUUUCCUAAGGGAGAACCAAGAUGUCAUUGCCAGUAAGUCCGAGAUAUAGGGCCAUUCUAUCUCUUCAAAGAAACUGUGCAAAAAAUAUAUAUAUAGAUAGUAAGUAAAAGUCUGUAAAUCUCCAUAGUUUUUUUUGAUGAGCAAAUAUUUCUCUUCUCAUCUUUCCAGACGGGACCAGGUAACUUGUUUAUUUUUUAAACAGAGUUAAUGGUGAUACCAGCGUAUCAGGUAUUGGUUGGCAGCAGGUCAGAUCGCGUUUUAUUGAACUGCAGCUGCAUCUCCCAACAAGGGUAUUUAUUCUGCAGCUAAAAGCAAUGAGUGGAGGACACCGUCAAUCUGUCAAGAACAUAUGAUUAAGUUAUUAGCAAUUGGGGUGGGUGGGGGGAAUUGCGAGCAAGAUUGACAGGAGGAUUAUCCGAUUAUCUUUCAUCUCAAAUCUUGAAGUGUCACACAGUGUUACCCUUUAUUUUAAAUGGGUUCAUGCAUCCACUGGAAGGUAUGAUAGAGGUCGAUCAAAGAAUGCAUCUGUCACCAGCAGAGAUUUCAAGCCCAAAUAUUUUGCUUGUAUGUUGUUUAAAACCUGUAUGUAAUUUUCACUUUUUUAUUAAAAGCAUAUGAGUAUAUUUAUAUAACGAUACAUAUAUAUAAAUAUAUAUAUAUAUAUAUCUCAAGAAAGUGGGUUCUGGGCCAAAACUUUAUUGGAGUGGAAGGUGGAUGGAUGAGCGGUGGGGAUGGAUGUAUUGGGGGCGGGGGUUAAUAGGGUCGAGUUCAACACAAGCAUCGGGACAUCCUCACAGCAGGGACCUCCCUCCAUGUUAUUCUUGUAAGCGGGCAUGAGAUUGGGAGUUCAGAUGCCAUUUGUGUGCCCAUCUGGUGAAACUGAGUUUAGCAAAUGUGCUCAAUGCUCCCUACAACCAGUGUGAAUGGGUCGAAAAGCCCACUGCAUUCUUUGCCCUCGCCUUUCUGCUGUGCAUGGCACUGCCCAAUCUCUCAGAGGGGAUGAGGGAGCAAAGGCAAAUCUUUCCACCUCUCCCGAGAACUAAAAGAGAUAUACUUUCUCCAGUGCAUGAGUUUGCUUGCUGCCCGCACAGUGGUGGGAAUCUAAUCAUUCCCCUCAUUGUCUUCGAACCUCCCUACCGGUUGGCUGCUCACACUCGCAUACUCUCUAUUUGUUUAAUUGGAAAGCACUAUUUUGCUAAGCCUGUUUUCCAAGGAUAGUGCCAAUGUUUAAUUCACACGAUGGGGGCUCCACAGUUCCGCCUAGCAGUGGAUGGUGGAGCAGCAGGAAGCAAAUUUUAUCCAAGUGCAUGCCGAUGCAACAAUUCACAGGGGAAAUAAACCCUUUGGUUGAUCUUUAACUUUGAAAAAAUAUUUUGCUUUCAGAGAUGAGGUGAAGUUGAGAAGGCAGAAAUCCCAAGGAUCAAUUUAUCUCCCUCUGACUCACUGCACGACUUCUGCACGUUUCUUUGUUCAUAGACCUGGCUAUUAUUAUAGGGGAUGAUAGCGACGUCUCCUGGUAGGGUGAAAUCAGGUGGGAAUUUAUAACUAGCAGAUGGAGAAUGGGGAAGCUCUUUAGCAAGAUCUUUCAGAUUGUUAAACCACUACAAAACUCUUGAGCGAAAAACUGCUGGAUGAAUUCAGCGGGUCAGGUAGCAUCUGCGGUAGGAAAUGAACAGAUGACAUUCCGGGGUUGGACUUUUCUUCAGUCUGAAGAAAUCAAUUUCCUUCCACAGACGCUGCCUGAUCUGCAGAGUUCCUUUAGCAGUUUGUUUUUUUGCUCAGGAUUCCAGCAUCUCUAGUCCCUUGUGUCUCCAAUCUCUUGUGUCUCUACAAUAGAACUCAAACCUAUCGAGAGCAUUCCAUCGGCUGGUUGUGAACAAACCAGAGGGUAGCUGUGAGUUAUUGUAGCUGUUGGGUUCACUUAGCAUUCAGUCACUUGGACAGACAUCUAUUAGAGAAGGAAAGUGAUGCACUGGCAUUCAUAACAAGAUAUCUCUACAAAAGUAGAGAUAUCUUGCUCAAAUUAUUGAGGUUAUGGAGAGAUUGCCCUGGAAUGUUGUGCACACGUCUUGUCUCCAUAUCUAAGGAAGAAUGUACUUGCAAUAAGGGGAGUGCAGUAGAGGUUCACCAGGUUAACGUUUGGAUGGGGUGUGAAGGCAGGGUACGGGGGGUUGUCACGUGAGGAAAGAUUAAGCAGACAGGGCUUGAGAGGAAUGAAAAUUGAAGCAAAUAGUAUUCUUAUGGGGCUUAACAGGGUUGAUGUAGAAGUGAUAAUUGCCCUGGUGGGGUGUUCAAACCCAGGGGUAACAGUCUGAAAAUAAGGGGUUGGCAUUCAGAGGUAUGAGAUGAAUUGUUUCAAUCAGGGCACUGUGUAUCUUUCAAAAUCUCUACCACGACAGCUGUGGAAACUGAGUAUAGUAAUGACAGAUCAAUGAAUUUAUUAAUAUUAAUCCAGGGGUUUGUGCAGGAAAUUUAAUUGAUGUAAUAGACUAGUUAUGAUCUUAUUAGACAGCAGAGCAAGGAGCAGGGUCUCACAUUCCCAUCAACUCCCCCCUCCGAUUCCACCACUCACCUACACACCAGUGCCAAUUUAUGGAAGUCAAUUGACCUAAAACCUGCACAUUUUUUAAUUGUGGGAGGAAACCACAGAGCCUGAAGGCAACCCAGGGAAAACACGCAGACAGCUCCGGAGGUCAGGAUCGAACUGGGGUGCAGUAACUGUGAGGCAGUGUCUGCAUGCUGCAUGUCAUUAUCUUUUGUAUUUAGGUCUAAAGUGUUGGUUCUGAAUUCCUUGUAUUUUCACCCACUGCUGCUUCCCUUUUUAACACACUUGACACGGUUAAAGAUCCCAUUGAUGUCCCUGGCUCAAUACACUGAUGGAGCUACUGUACAAUGUCCAUUCAGUCCUGCAACCUCUCGCCCCUCCCAUUCACUAUGCGACAAUCUCUGACAAUUAAACAAAGAUGUUCCAAGAAAAUAGCCAAUCUACGUUCUUAAAUCAGUGACUGUCUGCUAGCUGAGCCUCGAGUAGUGGACAGUUGCCUCCCAACUCCCUGGGUCCCUGCCAAUUGGACGAAAAUAAAUAGCUGAGCUACAAUUGAAUGCCAAUGCUUUAUUGCAGCCAAUGAAAAUGUCCUCCAACCCAUCCCAGAAAUGUGUAGGAAGGAACUGCAGAUGCUGGUUCACACCUAAGAUAGACACAAAAUGCUGGAGUAACUCAGCGGGACAGGCAGUAUCUCCGGAGAGAAGGAAUGA